UGCAACCAAAAAUAGCGCGCGUUAAGACUUUUUAUAAGAGGUGAGGUUUCCACAGCAAAAGCAGCAGCUAUCCAUCAAUGGCGCCUUACUUUUCAAUCUAUCUCCUACUCCUUAUCACAACCUCCACCGCCUCUCCUCUCUCCUUCAACCUCCCCGUCAUCACGCCUGAUCAGGCCAACCUCCAGAUCAUGCUCGAAGGCGACGCCCAAAUCUCCGAAGAAGGCCUCCAGCUCACCACCAAAGACAUCCAAGUCACUGGCCGCGCCACCUACGCUGAACCCCUGCACCUCUGGGACAAGCCCACCGGCAACUUGACCGACUUCAACACCUACUUCUCCUUCGUCAUCCAGGCCACCAACUACUGCUUGACCGACGGGCUCGCGUUUUUCCUGGCUCCGGUCAAUUCCACCAUCCCGGAAAAUUCCUCCGGCAGCAGCUUCGGCCUCGCCCCCACAGACACGUUCGUGGCGGUCGAAUUCGACACGGUCUCUGAUCUGUUGGACCCGCUGCCCGGCUCGCACGUGGGGAUCGACGUGAUGUCUCUGAACUCCGUCAUGUAUAAGCCGUGGAGAAAGAAUCUUACGGAGGGGGAUAUAACUGAUGCUUGGAUUAGUUAUAAUUCUUCAAACAUGAAAUUUCUAGUGAAUUUUACUAAUAAUGUAGAACUGUCUCCGUUUUCACAGACUUAUUACUCGAGUGUUGAAUACACUAUAGAUCUCCGGACUAUUCUACCGGAGUUUGUCGAAAUCGGGUUCUCUGCAGCGACUGGAAGUUGCUUCCAGAGAAACAAUGUCAAGUCAUGGAGUUUCAAUUCCACUCUGGAUCUGAAAAUCGAAGAUACGCAAAGUAAUUUCACCGGCCCUGACCCCGAGGACACGCGUCCGCCAUCUAAUGAAACCGGCCCUGCCCCUGAACCGGCGGGAAAACCGGUCGGGUUGAUUGCGGGUAUAUCUACGGCGGCAGCGGUUGGGCUGGUUUUGGUGGGAUACUGGCUAUGGAGAAGGAAGAGAGGAGGGAGAAAUGGGGACGAGGAGGAGGGCGGGGAUGUUUCGGCUAUGGAGAUGGAUUUUCAGAAGGGGAGUGGGCCUAGAAGAUUCUCCUACGGAGAGCUUGCGGCCGCCACGGGUAAUUUUGCGGAGGAAAGCAAGCUGGGUGAGGGCGGCUUUGGCGGCGUCUAUCGAGGCUUCUUGAAGAAUCUAGACUCGUACGUCGCGGUGAAGCGUGUUUCCAAGACCUCGAAGCAAGGCGCGAAGGAGUAUGCGUCGGAAGUAACUAUCAUCAGCCGGCUACGCCACAGGAACCUCGUACAACUCAUAGGCUGGUGCCACGAGAAGCGUGAGCUUCUUGUGGUGUACGAACUCCAACCAAACGGCAGCUUAGACUCUCACCUCUUCAACAAAAAAAAUCCCCCUUUGAACUGGGAGACGCGGUUCAAGAUUGCACGGGGGCUCGCGGCGGCGCUACAGUACCUACACGAGGACUGGGAGCAGUGCGUGGUCCACCGAGACAUCAAGUCGAGCAACGUCAUGCUCGACUCGGCCUUCAAUGCCAAGCUUGGUGACUUCGGGCUGGCCAGGCUCGUCGACCACAACAAGGGGUCGCAAACAACGAUCCUAGCCGGCACCAUGGGGUACAUGGCACCCGAGUGCGUGAUGACGGGAAGGGCAAGCAAGGAGUCAGAUGUGUACAGUUUCGGGAUAGUUGCGCUGGAGAUUUCGACGGGGAGGCAACCUAUUUGGGGGAAAGUGAGGACGGUGGAGCGGGUGUGGGAGCUGUACGGGACGGGGCGGACGUUUGAGGCGGCGGAUGGGACUUUGGAGGGGUGUGGAGGGUAUAUUGAGAGUGAGAUGGAGAGGUUGAUGGUGGUGGGGUUGUGGUGCGCGCAUCCGGAUUAUGGACUUCGCCCAUCGAUGAAGGAGGUGGUGCGGGUACUAGGGUUUGAAGCGGUGCCGCCACCGCUACCGUCCAAAAUGCCGGUGCCUACCUAUGGUACUCCGCCGCCACCAUCUAGUAUUCCGUCUUUGAUCUAUGCAUCUGAUGCGACUUAUUCGUCUUCGGGUUAUAGUUAUGGCUCGACGACCACUUCUUCUUCGGGUGCAUCUGUUUCUGCUUCCGCGUCUGCAUCGCUAUUGUUUACGAGAUGAGAUGAUGUAAUACAAGGGAAAAAUACUGAAAUACCACACGUAUUGUACCAAAAAAAUAUCGAAAUAUUUCAGUAUGAUAACAAUAUGAAAUUUCACAUA